AUGUCACGGGGCCUUGAGGGCCUCGCUCCCUCAACGGAGGUGGACGACAGGCACCUUGGUGCGGCUGAAGCACCAACCCCGCAGCGAAAGCGCCGUCGCCAGGAUGAUCCGGAUGUCGUGAUCGUUUCCGAACGCCGUGUUGAGACAGUGCCUUGCGAGAUUUGUGGCAAGAGUGUCCCUUUCGACACGUUCCUGCAGCACAUGUCCACUCACGAGCAGGAGGCUGCCUCGCAGCCUGAGCCGGACUUGGAUGCGCCAGAGUUGGUAAGCAGGCCGGCUGUCGAGAUCGAAACGCAGGGAAUUGACUGUGAGAUUUGUGGAAGGCUAGUGGACUUUGACGACUUCGCAAAGCACGUGGAGGGGCACAGAGAUGCGGCCAGCUCCUCCUCGCAGCGGAGCGGAGACAUGAAGGCAUGUGAGGUCUGUGGGGCAUUGAUCGCAGCUGAGGACUUGGAGGACCACCUGGCUGCUCACCGAGUGCACCAGGAGUUGCUCGAUUCAGAGAUGCGAAGCUCCACCUCGGAGAUCGACAUCGCUGCGCAGAUCGUGGAGAUGGCUCGGUCUGGUGGCUCGGGCUUGCCGGGCAACCGCAGCGCGGCAGGCGCAGGAGAUGCAGUUCUGGUUCGCUGGAGCGAUGGGCACUGGUAUGCCGCACGCAUCAGUCAGACUCUCGAGGACGGCCGCCACCUGGUCAGCUGGGAUCCCCCGUAUACGACCUGGCAGUCGGAAAGUGUCUCAACAGACAGCAUCAUUCCCCGCAUGAACCAGCCCCGAGAGAUUUGCAACUUCGACGUGGCCGUCGCCUUCGUGAAGCGGCUCUUCGAGCUGAAGGCCCAAGAGGAGGCCGAGAUGCAACUGGAGGUGGUCUACCACUGGACUCGGGAAGAGAAUGUCACAGCAAUUGUUGAGAACAACCUGCGCCCGCCGGGCUCCGCCAACGCGGAUGGAACCGCAGUGAAAGUCCUGAAUGGCGAAGCAUUCGGACGAGGCAUCUACGCCGCGACCAACAUCGAGUUCGGGCGCUCCUACGGCUGCGGCCUCCCCUGCGCCUUUCUGUGCCUGGCAGUUCCAGGGUUAGUGCGGCCCGAGAGAGGCCACCGCCAGCGCCGUGGCCAUCAGGGCCUCUGCGAAGGCAGCGACUGCUACCGGGGCGGAGAAGUGCGUGUGUACCGGAGAUCCGAGCACGUCCUUCCCCUCUUCUUCACCGACGCGUCAGAGGCACCAAGGCUCAAGGCCUGCGCCGUGGAGAUUGCCGAGUUUCUCAUCUCCAAAGGCCUUGGAGCCUCAGAAGAAGAGGCCCUCAAGGCACUUAAGGUGGGGCAGACCGUGGAAGCGCUGUGGCACGGCAUGUACUUCAAGGCGCAGGUUGCUAAAGUGCAUCCUGGCGCCUACGAGGUGACAUGGAUGCCUCCUUACCAUAAGUGGCCGCCCUAUCGGGCGAAUCAGGAUGCCGUGCGCAGAUAUGGGGAGAAAGAAAGUCGCAGCCAUGCGUCCCUUAGCUUCGUAGUAGAGUAG